CCUCUCCACAAACCUUCAAAUACAUGUAGUCCGCCGCUAGUUGGCUAUCAGGCACAAAAAGCAAAAGGAUAUUCUUCGUGGCCCGGGUAACUCCAGCUGGCAUUUACGGGAAAUACUUACGCGUGAUCGAGGCCUUGGCGUUUCUGUCCUGAAAGUGAAAAUCUCUGAAUUCUUUGGACGCUUUUUACCACCGGGAUUAGAGGAAGAACCAACUCUCCGCAUUGUGUAGAAAGGCCGUGGGACUUACCCAACACUGUCAAUUAUUCAUUUUUGAUCAGAUUUACCCUGGCAUAUUAUAUUUGCCACCUAUUGUAAAUAACAGAAAAAUACAUCAACAGAAUGGCCUUAAAACGGAUUCAAAAGGAGCUCAGCGACUUGGGUCGUGAUCCUCCAGCACAGUGCUCUGCUGGUCCAGUCGGAGAUGACAUGUUUCACUGGCAAGCCACAAUCAUGGGGCCUGCAGACAGUCCAUAUUCGGGAGGCGUAUUCUUCUUGACAAUUCAUUUUCCCACAGACUACCCCUUCAAACCACCCAAGGUGGCUUUUACAACAAGAAUUUACCACCCAAAUAUUAACAGUAACGGCAGUAUCUGUCUGGAUAUUCUCAGAUCACAGUGGUCUCCUGCACUUACUAUUUCUAAAGUUCUUCUGUCCAUUUGCUCACUCCUGACUGAUCCCAACCCAGAUGACCCCCUAGUGCCAGAGAUUGCACGAAUCUACAAAUCUGAUAACCCCAGGUACAAUAAAUUAGCUCGGGACUGGACUAACAAGUAUGCCACAUAAGAUACUGCAAAACUGCAAAAGAAUGGACACAAAAGUAUGCGAUGUGAUGGGACCAUUUCUGAAGCUGGACACAUUACAAUUGCUGGUUCAGAUUUGAAAAAAUUCAGUUUUCUUUUUCACUUAGACUUUUUUUCUUUAUUUUGUUAAUAAUCAAAGCAUUUUACCCCUGUCCUCUCCACCUGCAGCGCUCAUAAGAAGAUGGUGUUUUCUCUAUAUAGGACUUGUGCCAGUUUUAAAUGGUGUCCCCAAAAUCACCAUUUAAUCUGAAGUUUUGAGCAUGCAUUGGUUUCUUAAUGGUGGGUUGGAUGUACAGAGCACUUGAGUGAUUUUUCUAAACUUGAAAUUUUUAAAGUUGUGGUCUAAAAAUUAAUAAAUAUUCAAUGCUCUUAAGGUUUUUUGGUUGACUGGUUCUAGGCCUCUUCUAUAUAAAGCUACAUCAAGUUUAUUAUCAUUAGCAUAGCAAUACACACAUGACAUGACAAACGUAAAAAGAAAAUGUCUAAUUCACUAUCAAGUGUACAGAGAAGCACAGCAAUAUAUUAAUGUUAAGGAAGCCAAUAUAAAACAUCAUUGUUGUAUUUUAUGCAUGUUAAUAAAGUUAGGCUAUUAUAUUGAAAGUGUCUGCAAAUACAGUGGGUUGUAAUGCAGAGGAGUUUGACACAUUCCCCUUCAAAUACAAUUGUUUUUUGUUUUUUAUUAUUAUAGAAGAAGCCAGUAGAGGGAGCUCUUAGGUCUACGCCCACUUGAACACUGUCUUCUUGUAGCCCUUAUGAUGCAAAGCUGAUGGUUGAUACUCAACUCAUGGCUCUGUUCUUUUUAGUUUCCAUUCAAUAAAGUUACUUAAAACCAGAAA